CGGGCCUGGGGGCCCUGCGGGGCUGAGCGGCCUCCCGCCUGCAGCCGCCCCCCGCCGGGCUUCAUGCCCCCCGCCCAGCGCGCCCAGCAUGGAGGUGGUGGGGGACUUCGAGUACAGCAAAAAAGACCUCGUCGGGCACGGAGCUUUCGCCGUGGUCUUCAAAGGCCGGCAUCGCAAGAAAACUGAUUGGGAAGUAGCUAUAAAAAGCAUUAAUAAAAAAAAUUUGUCAAAAUCACAAAUACUUCUUGGAAAGGAAAUUAAGAUCUUAAAGGAACUUCAGCAUGAAAAUAUUGUGGCUCUCUAUGAUGUCCAGGAAUUACCCAAUUCUGUUUUUCUGGUGAUGGAGUAUUGCAAUGGUGGAGACUUGGCAGAUUAUUUACAAGCUAAAGGAACUCUCAGCGAAGACACCAUCAGAGUGUUUCUGCAUCAGAUUGCAGCCGCCAUGCGCAUUCUACACAGUAAAGGAAUCAUUCACAGAGACCUUAAGCCCCAGAACAUCUUACUGUCUUACGCCAGUCGCAGAAAGUCAAGCGUCAGUGGCAUUCGCAUCAAAAUCGCGGACUUUGGUUUUGCUCGUUAUCUGCAUAGUAACAUGAUGGCUGCCACACUCUGUGGUUCUCCUAUGUACAUGGCGCCUGAAGUUAUUAUGUCUCAACACUAUGAUGCCAAGGCUGACUUAUGGAGCAUAGGAACUGUGAUCUAUCAGUGCCUGGUUGGAAAGCCCCCCUUUCAGGCCAAUAGUCCACAAGACUUGAGGAUGUUUUAUGAAAAAAACAGAAGUUUGAUUCCUAGUAUCCCCAGAGAAACAUCUCCAUAUUUGGCAAAUCUUCUCUUGGGUUUGCUUCAGAGAAAUCAAAAGGACAGAAUGGACUUUGAAGCAUUUUUUAGUCAUCCUUUUCUUGAACAAGUUCCAGUAAAAAAAUCCUGCCCAGUGCCAGUGCCCAUCUAUGCUGGUUCCGUUUCUGGCAGUUCGUGUGGGAGCUCUCCAUCUUGCCGUUUUGCUUCUCCACCAUCCCUUCCAGAUAUGCAGCACAUUCAGGAAGACAACCUAUCUUCGCCACCCUUGGGCCCUCCUAACUAUCUCCAGGUGUCGAAAGAUUCUGCCAGUACUAGCAGCAAGAACUCUUCUUGUGACACAGAUGACUUUGUUUUGGUUCCCCAUAACAUCUCAUCAGAUCAUUCAUAUGAUAUGCCGAUGGGAACUGCGGGCAGACGGGCUUCAAGCGAGUUCUUGGUGUGUGGUGGAGGACCGUGUCAGCCCUCUCCAUCACCUCACAGUGAGACAGCCCCUAUUCCAGUGCCUACUCAGUUAAGGAAUUAUCAGCGGAUUGAGCAGAACCUCUCCUCAGCCAGCCCUGGGGCAAAUCCCCAUGGUUCUCCAAGAUCUGCAGUAGUUCGAAGGUCUAAUACCAGCCCUUUGGGCUUUCUCAAGAUGGGCUCCUGCUCUCCAGUACCUGCAGACACUGUACAGACUGCUGGACGUAGGCUGUCCACAGGAUCUUCAAGACCAUAUUCCCCUUCUCCAUUAGUUGGCACUAUCCCUGAACAGCUUGGCCAUUGCUGCUGUGGACAGCCACAGGGUCAUGACUCGAGGAGUAGAAAUUCUUCAGGUUCUCCAGUACCACAGUCGCAGUCACCACAGUCUCUCUUGUUGGGUGCUAGACUUCAGAGCGCCCCCACGCUCACCGAUAUCUACCAGAACAAGCAAAAGCUUCGGAAGCAGCAUUCUGACCCCGUGUGCCCGUCCCACGCCGGAUUUGGGUACAGCUACUCGCCGCAGCCCAGUCGGCCCGUCAGCCUGGGCACCUCCCCCACCAAGCACAUGGGAUCUUCUCCCAGGAGCUCGGACUGGCUCUUCAAAACUCCUUUACCAACAAUCAUUGGCUCUCCCACGAAGGCCACAGCUCCUUCCAAGAUCCCUAAAACCCAAGCAUCUUCCAAUCUGUUAGCCUUGGUUACUCGUCAGGGACCAACAGAUGUGGCAGCCAAGGAUGUGAGUGACCCACGAGAGUUCUCACAUUUUCUCUCAGCCCAAGGAAGUGAAAGGCAGGUGGCUGAGCAGCAUAGCAAGGCCACAUUUGGCAGAUCUGUAAGUACUGGAAAGUUGUCAGAUCAACAAGUGAAGACACCUUUAGGGGGGCAACUGUAUCAGGGCAGUACAGAUAGUCUGAAUACAGAACGACCAAUGGACACAGCUCCUGCGGGCGCCUGUGGGGUUGUUCUAGGGCCUCCCGUGCCCCCCGGGGUGAGUUCGAGGGCUGUGAUGUUCACGGUAGGCUCUCCGCCCAGCAGCGCCACGCCUCCCACUUGCACCCAGAUGGUUCUGCGGACGAGGACGACCUCAGUUGGAUCAAACAGUUCUGGAGGGUCUCUCUGCUCUACUAGUGGCCGUGUCUAUAUGGGCUCUCCUCCUGGCAUUUAUAUGGGCUCUUCUCCUCCGGGAGCAGAGGCAGCACCAAGCCUGAAGUAUGCACCUUAUGGGACAUCGCCUCCCAGCUUGGAAGGCUUUAUCACUUUUGAAGCUCCAGAACUUCCAGAAGAAACUCUCAUGGAGAGGGAGCACACAGACACGUUGCGCCAUCUGAACACAAUGCUGACGUUCACCGAGUGCGUCCUAGAUCUGACGGCCAUUAGGGGAGGGAACCCCGAGCUGUGCACAUCGGCCGUGUCCCUGUACCAGAUCCAGGAGAGCGUGGUGGUGGAUCAGAUAAGCCAGCUGAGCAAAGACUGGGGACAAGUAGAACAACUCGUGUUAUACAUGAAGGCGGCGCAGCUGCUUGCCUCAUCUUUGCAUCUUGCCAAAGCCCAGAUCAAAUCAGGGAAGCUGAACCCAUCCACGGCUGUCAAACAAGUUGUCAAAAAUCUGAAUGAGAGAUAUAAAUUCUGUAUCGCCAUGUGCAAGAAACUUACAGAAAAACUGAAUCGCUUCUUCUCUGACAAGCAAAGAUUCAUUGAUGAGAUCAAUAGUGUGACUGCAGAGAAACUCAUCUAUAAUUGUGCUGUAGAAAUGGUGCAGUCAGCAGCCCUUGAUGAGAUGUUUCAGCAGACAGAAGAUAUUGUAUAUCGUUACCACAAAGCAGCUCUUCUUCUGGAAGGCUUAACAAAGAUCCUGCAGGACCCUGCCGACAUUGAAAAUGUUCACAAAUAUAAAUCUAGUAUUGAAAGAAGGCUGUCUGCACUCUGCUAUGGGGCGGUGACCGUCUAUGAGCCAUAGCCUCUCCCCUGGAUUAAGCAGCAGUGACACAAGGGAGGUGGGGUCCACCAAAGAGGCAGAGAGGAACAAGGGCCCCCCAACUCCUGCUGUAUUUGUAGCAAGGAUCUGCCCAUGGGAGAAGCCCCCUCCUCUCCCUGGGUUUCAGUCUCAGCUGAGUAAGCGUGACCCGAUGCUGCUGGAGGGGGAGUCUCCUUCAAAAAUUUGCCUCUCAGACUGCCAGGAAAUGCCCGAGGCAUCAAGUGGGAAGCCCUGGCCCGGAUAGGGGCAGCUCCGACUCUUGGGGCAAGAUUGGCUCAGGCCGAGCGUGUGUCCAGAAGGGGAAAGAUGCCUUUUAAAGGAUGAAGUUGUGCCCCGCCCCAUCUGGGGUCCUGGAUUUGAUCUGAUGUGGUACAGCUCGAUCUCCUUCCAACCGAUUUCACGUUGCACUAAUUUACUAAAGCAAUCGUAUUGGACUUUGCAGAACUAUUACUUUAACACCAGAUAAGGCACAAUGGACUUAACUCCAAAAAAGUUUCAUUUUAUUGUAAAUAAACCCUUGGUGGAAUUUCAAAUGUAACUUCUAGGAGAAUUUUAAACAGACUGUACAAACUUAUCUUCAUGUGAUCUUUUGCCUUUUUUUUACCUGUUUGUCUACAGCUACCACUUUUUUCAGUAAUGGAAAUGUUUGGAGUUCCUGGUUGUUGUUGCUUUCCCUCUGCAAGGCUUGGUUGCAUUUUUGUUGUGCAUGCAGAAUGUGCAUUAAUCAGCGCCUGGGGUCUCGGGGUGCUCCGUCUCCGGCUUCUUGGGCUGUAUUGGAGCCAGUGCCGGGAUUUGAGAGGGGGUUCUCCAGAACUGCCAGGCCCGAACCAAGGUCUUGAGGGAGGUGGUGUUUAUACAUCAAAUUAACAAAAAAAUCAGGGUCGUUUUUUCUUGUGGGGGUGGGGGCUCCCUCACCUGGGUGGGCACUUUUCAUUUCAAGCUCAGUUCUUGCAGCUUACCAAAUAGUAAGGCCUGGAGUGUUUAGGCAAGUUACCUGAAGACUCCUCUGGAGAUGGUUCCAAUAUUGUAUUUUAUUUCGUUUUGGUUACUUAACUGCUUGAAUACUUGAAUAAACCAUUCUCCAGAACAAAAUCAUUUUAAUCCUUUUAGAUAACGUGGUCUGAACUCUUUGACAAAGUUGUACAGUAGCUCUGGCAUCGAUAGCGUUUUAGUGUACUGAUGAAAACCAUGAGUUUCUCUUUACUUUGACAAAGUAAUGUAAUUUUUACCUUAUUUAUCUGUAUGAAAUUCCAACAGUUAAUUUGAACGUUUAUUUAUAUAAUGUUUGUAUUUUUAGGUCUUUAAUACAGUGUUUCUACCUCUCAUUUGUAACAGCAUGCAUUCUUCUGGAAACUAGGGAAUAACUCACUGAACUGUUGUGUGAGAGCCUUUUUAUUAGCGCCUGUAUAAAUGUAUAUUAAGGGAAAAUAAAACUGACAACGGUUUCUAGGUGCA